AUGAUAAAGUUGGAAGAUCUACCCCACGAAAUAAUUUUUCACAUUUCAAAUCAUUUAAAUCAAAAUGAAUUAUUAAAUUUAUUAUGUACAAGCUCAAAUUUGUAUAAUUUACUUCAUCCCAGAUUAUAUUCCGCUAUAAAUAUUGAUUCCUCGAAGAAGAUCUUUACUGAUUUCAAAGUUGAUGAUUUAAAAUAUAGCGUGAUCCCAAAUUAUUAUGAUGAUGGGUUUAUUAAAGUGAAACCCGUCACUGUCUCAUCACUUUAUUCGUUAAAUCUUUUAUUCAAGAAUUUAAUACUGCAUCCUCGUUAUUGUUCAUAUGUUAGAGUGUUAAUCUUCAAUAAAAAGAUCCCUGAUAUUCCUGAUUUGGAAUUAUAUAAAAUCUUAACUAUAUUAAGUGGGAAUUUAAAGCAUUUAAAAGUAUUUCAUUGGAUGAAUGAUCAAUAUAACUUAUCAAAUAAAUUCAUUAGUGAUUUAACUUUGAUUGAAUUAAAGGGAAAUCUUACAGUUGAUAAAGGUACUUCAUUAUCAUUUCCAUAUUUAAAGAGUUUAGAAUUAUCAAAUUAUAAUUUGCAGCCAGUUAAUUUUACUAAUUUACCCAAUUUAAAAGAAUUAACUAUAUCGAAAUUACCUAACAGUAAUGACAGAAGGAAUUUAAAUUCAAAUCAUUGGGAGAAUAAAGACUUGAAAUCAAAUGUUUCUGCUAUUUUCAAUCCUGAAAAUCAACUUUCAACAAAGUUAAACUUGACUAAAUUGACGUUAAAAGAUUUAGUGAUUUCAGGUGAUGAUGUUCAAGCUUUACAUAAACAUAUCGAUUUAUCAAAAUUGACGAGUUUAAGUAUGAUAAAUUGUUUUGAAUCAAUUUAUGAUCAAGAUGAGAUGUAUGAAGUCAGAAGAAGAAGAAUCAAAACUAAGUUUUUUUUAAAUGAAUUAAGUUUGAAAGUUAAUAAACAACUUGAACAUUUGGAUAUUUAUAUGAUUAAUGAAUUAAAUUAUAAUAAUAAGUUGAUCAAGUUUUUAGGUGAUUUCAAACAUUUAAAAUCAUUAAAGUUAAGUAUCAAUAUUAAUGAGUUUGAGAAUCUUAAUUCGAAUCUUAUUAGUAUAUUCAAAUCAAUUUCAAAUGAGAUUGAAAGAUUUGAAUUUAAUUAUAAUUUAAUUGGAAAUGAAAACCAUAUAAAGACCAUGAAUCAUUUAAAUUGUGAUUCUAAAAUGUUAUUAAUUCUUAAUAAAUUCCCCAAAUUGAAAUAUUUAAAUAUUCCCUUUCAUUAUGAUGGUAGCGAACUGAUUUAUGAUCGAUUAACGACAAAUUUACAAAUCAUAUCCUUAAGAAUUCAUCAAGAUUCAAUCACGAAGAAAUUAUCCCCUAAAUGUAAUUGCUUGAUAAAUUCAGGUUAUUUUGCUAAUACUUCCUUAAUAGCAGAUCAAUUUCAACCUGAUGAUGAAUGUAUUGUAAAAUAUAAAGCAACUGUUAAUAAGCUACGAAAGAAUGUGAAAUCACUUAAAUGGAUUCAAUUAGAAUUCAAUGAUGAUUCAAUCAUAUUUCAAUGUUUAAAUGAUAAUAAUGACAAAAACGAAAACAAAAAUAAUAAUAAUAAUAAUAAAAUUAAUGAAUAUGGUAUGGUGCAUAGAGAAGGUUUACAAAAUUAUUUUCAUAAAAUUAUAGAAAAUCAAAUAGUUUAA